CGAUUUGUUUUGGUUAGAAACUAACGUUAAAUCACCGUGAGAUCUUGUGAUUACCGGAUAAUUAUGAUUUUUUAACAUUUAUUAUCAAGGGAGCUCACGAUGGAGCAAGUCUACGCUUUGGAGGUUACAAUUAUCGAAUUUGUUCAAUACUGGUUCGAAGACUGGGACGAAUACAUGAAAUGGGUGAACGACGCCUCGAACCCACACAUGUUGCUAGAGUUCUAUUUCCCUCUCCUCUCCAUUGUGGACUCGGUGUUCGCUGCGCAGAUGCUACUGGUCCUCAGCUUUGGGGGCUGGCUCAACACUGUUAUGAAAUGGUGGUUACUAGAAGACCGUCCAUACUGGUGGGUGCAGGAAACAACAUUUUACUCCUCACACCGCCCACGCCUCAAACAGACGCGACAAACGUGUGAGACCGGGCCGGGGUCCCCAUCCGGACAUAGCGCGGCCGGCGCCGCGGCGCUGGUCUUAUUGCUCAUGUUUAUAUCACAUAUUAUGAGAGAUCGUAAAUUCUACUUUCGCUGCUGGAAAUACGUCAUGUACCCUCUCUGCGGCGCUGCGAUGGCCUCCAUAAUGCUGGCCAGAUUAUAUGUCGGCGCUCAUUUUCCACAUCAGUGCCUACUCGGUGCUUUAGUUGGCGCCUUCAUGGCACCAGCCCUAUGCAUCUAUGUUUCCGAUCCGUAUAUCUGGAAGUACGGGCCGGAACGCUCGGGUUCAAUAGCGUGGCACGCGACGGCAGCGGUCAUAGCGGCCGCUAUAGGGGGCGUCACUUACGCGGGGCUUAAAAUAUGUGGGAUAGACCCGCAGUGGACUGUGAAAUUGGCCUUCCGCUGGUGCCAGCAACCCUCAGAGAUCCACGUGACCACGACGCCCUUAUUUGCUUUGGUGCAAAGUACAGCCGCCUUGAUGGGAUGGGCCGUUAGCGUCACCCCUGCAGUGGCCGAAUAUCGCCAUUAUACCCCGCACCGCUCGCUGAUUAUAUCAUCGUUCACAACGGGCAUCAUUAUGUUCAGCUUCCACCAGUUAGGAGCUCACGUUGACAAAACCAAUGUUUUCAGAUUCUACGCGAGCCACUUCGUACUGAACACGGUAAAACCGGCUCUGUUGCUACGACUUACUCCGGCACUAGCUAUGCUACCUUUUACACCCAAAGAAAAAACCGAUUAGACAAAUUUAUAAACCAUACACGAAGGAAAGAUUUGUAACUCCAUACAUCAGUAAAUGCAAGUUAUUUGUAGUGACAUCUGGCGUCAUCCACGCGUCAAAUAGC